AUGUCCACACACACGUAUAAGAAGUUCGAAGAGGCGAGUUCGGGCGUUUUGCCCGACAAAAUGACGAUUUACCAGGACUGUUUGAAUGCGUUUAACGAAUCGCCUGUGAACUCGAAAAGAUGUCGUCUUUUGAUCUCGAGAUUGCUGCAAUUGCUAGCACAGGGACAGCAUUUCCCUAGGACGGAGGCAACGGCGCUUUUUUUCGCUAUUUCUAAGCUUUUCCAGCAUCCUAACGAUGCCCUAAGACAAGCUGUGUACCUAGCCAUCAAAGAAUUGAGUGCAGUUUCAGAUGACAUCUUGAUGGCCACCUCGUCGAUCAUGAAAGACGUUCAAAAUGGCUCUGACAUGAUCAAACCCAACGCUAUUCGGUCUCUAACCAGGGUCUUGGACGAGUCUACUGCCUUCUCCGCAGAACGUUUGUUCAAAUCUGCGGUGGUGAGCAAACAUCCUUCGAUCUCGUCUGCUGCUCUUGUCAGCUCGUACCAUUUGCUGCCAGUGGCCGAAAGCACCGUGAAACGGUACUCAAACGAGACCCAGGAGGCCGUUGGAGAUCUCAAGACUUUCCCCUACCACGACGGUCUUUCGGAGCACUAUCCGAAUUCGACCUAUAUCGCUCAGUACCAUGCCCUCGGUCUUUUAUGCAUGUUGAAAAGUCAUGACAAGAUCGCCCUCAUGAAAAUGGUGCAGCAAUUUUCCUCCGGAAGCACAUUAAAAAACCAAUUGGCUCAAGUGCAGCUGGUCAAGCUCGUGGGAAGCCUCUUGAUGAAAGACAACCAGAUGAUCUCUCAAUUUUCUCCCUUGCUGCUCGGCUGGCUUUCUAACAAAUACGAAUCCGUUCAACUAGAGGCUGCAAAGCUCAUUACCUCUUUGCCAGAUCGCUAUGUGUCGCCAGAGCUGUUCGCAUCUGCCGUUCAAACAUUGCAAAGUCUUCUGUCAGUUCCUCGCGCAGUCACCCGUUUUGCUGCCGUCAGAGUUCUAAAUAGAAUCUCAAUGGCCGCGCCCGAAAAGAUUGUUGUGUGCAACCCAGAAUUAGAAUCUUUGAUAAACGACAGCAACAGAACCGUGUCUACCUAUGCAAUCACUGCUUUGCUCAAGACCGGAACUUCUAACAACAUUGCAUCGCUCAUCAAGACUAUCGCAAACUUUAUCCAUGAGAUUUCAGACGAUUUCAAGAUCAUAAUUAUAGAUGCUGUCCGUACCAUGGCUCUCGCGUUCCCUGAAGAAUGGAAAUCCAUUUUGAAUUUCCUCGUCAACGUCUUGAAACAAGGUGAAGGAGGUUUCCAAUUCAAGAGCAGUAUCGUCGAAGCGCUUUUCGACCUCGUUCAAUAUGUUCCACAGUCUAAGGAGCUAGCCCUUGAAAACUUGUGUGACUUCAUUGAGGACUGUGAAUACAACGAAAUUUUGGUUAGGAUCUUGCACUUGUUGGGUAAAGAGGGUCCAGGUAUGAAGACUCCAUCUUUGUAUGUCAGGCACAUAUACAACAGAGUUGUCCUGGAAAACUCAAUUGUUAGAUCUGCUGCUGUGGUAGCGCUGUCUAAAUUCGCUCUUGUCAAGAAAGAUCCAACAUUGGCUGAGUCUAUUGAAAUUUUAUUGAGAAGAAUUUCUAACGAUGCCGAUGACGAAGUGAGAGACAGAGCCACCAUGGCACUAGAAUUCAUUGACUCGAUUAAGUCAAAGGGUGGAUCGGAAUCAUCACCAGCCGAAACUCUCAUUCAAUCCAAGUACACCUACGACUUAGCCUCACUGGAAUCUAAAUUAACUCAAUACAUGGCGUCUAAGCAGGAUGCCUUCAAGACCCCGUUCGACACUUCUUCAAUUGCUCGUUACACCGAAGAUGAAAGGAAAGCUAUCGAUCUCAAGAGAAAGCAAGACCAUUUGUUCGCAGCCGUAUCUUCUGGGAAGUCCAAGGGCAAAAGCGGAGCUUCGUCCGACGCUGAAAAGAGGAAUGGAGCUUAUUCUGGGCCAGCAUCCAACGAACUGGACCAGGACUUGCAAGCCACAAAGUACGCUGAGGAACUGGGUUCUAUCGAGGAGUUCGAAUCGUUCGGGCCCAUCAUCAACACUUCUAAGGAUGUAGCCUUGACGGAAACCGAAGCUGAGUUUGUUGUUACCGGUGUCAAGCAUUUGUUCAAGAACCACGUCGUUUUGCAAUUUCAUAUCACAAACACCUUGGCCGAUGUUGCUCUAGACAACGUUUCUGUUGGGUGUACACCUGCGAUUUCAGAGGAAGAUUCCUCGUUAACUGAGAUCACUACGAUAGCGGCAGACAGAAUCAAGCCCUCGGAAACUUUUGCAUCUUACGUGGCAUUCGAAAAAUCUCAAGAAGUCGUUACGGAGGACUUGUUGAACACCUUAUAUUUCACCACCAGAGAGCUGGAUCCAUCUACACAAGAGCCAUUCGAAAGCGACGAAGGAUUCCAAGAUGAAUAUGAAAUAGAUUCCUUGCCUCUUACCGCUGGCGACUACAUCAAGGGUUCUUUUGUGGGCGAUUUUACCUCAUGCUUUGAUGAACUCUCUCAUCAAGAAGUAUCCGUCUACAACAUCAGAGAAAACAUGUCCUUACAAGAAGUGGUGGAUAGAUUGAUUGCCAAUACUAGUUGUUUGACGCUAGACAACACACAGUUCACAUCUGCAGACUCUAACACCCACACCCUCAAAUUGUUCGGAAAGAGCGUACUCAACGGGGCGAGGGUAGCGCUAGUAAUUCGUAUGAUAAAAAGCUCCAAAGGGAUAGCUUUGAAAGCCGAAGGCAGGUCUGAUGAUGCCAUCCUAUGCAAUGACAUUGUAAAUGGGCUUAUGUAG